UCCCUUCUUUAUGCUAAUAUCAAUCAUUAGCUAUUAAAUAUUUUUUAAUCUUCUUCUAAAGAUAAAAAGAUUUUCUUUGGAUGGUGUUAAAUCUUUGAAUUUAUUAAAAAGAUUUUCUUUCAUGUCCAAGAUAUCUCUCCUUUUGUUGGAUGGUGUUAAAUCUUUGGAUUUAUUGCUGCUUGGGGCAAAAAAUUUGGUUCAGUAUAUGGGGUUUGACUUAGAUAUUCAUUAACAAGGACUUGAAGUUCAUAUUCAGAUCUUGUAUUUUGUGUUGACAGGUGAUGUAGGCUCUUAGAUCCGAGGGAUGAAAGUUGGAUAUUUUUAGCAGUAACACAAAUUUAUUCAGUGUGAAGCAAUAUGGGAAACACAUGUGUUGGUCCAAGCAUUUCAAAAAAUGGUUUUGUUCAAUCAGUUUCUGCGGCGAUUUGGCGGUCCCAAUUGCCUGAAGAUUCAGUGUCUAAUAGAGAAUCUGUAAAAGAGGAAGCAACUAAUGUUCCCGAAUCUCCCUUGCCUGUCCAAAACAAACCUCCUGAGCAGAUAACUAUGCCGAAACCAGAAGCCAAACAAGAGGGAAAAUCAGAAAUAAAACCGGAACAGGAUAAGAAGAAACAGAAGAAACGUGGUUCGGUGAAGAGAGUUUCUAGUGCAGGGCUUCGUGUUGAUUCUGUGUUGCAAAGAGAGACAGAUAAUUUCAAGGAGUUCUUCACUCUUGGGAGAAAACUUGGACAGGGUCAGUUCGGGACAACAUUCUUGUGUGUGGAGAAGGCAACAGGACAGGAGUAUGCCUGUAAAUCUAUUGCAAAGAGGAAGCUCGUCACCGAUGAUGAUGUCGAGGAUGUGAGAAGAGAAAUUCAGAUAAUGCACCACUUGGCUGGGCAUCCUAAUGUUAUAUCCAUCAAGGGUGCAUAUGAGGAUGCCAUGGCUGUCCACGUUGUGAUGGAACUAUGUGCAGGUGGAGAGCUUUUCGAUAGGAUUAUUCAGCGUGGGCAUUAUACCGAGAGACAGGCAGCGGAGCUUACUAGGACUAUAGUUGGGGUUGUGGAAGCUUGCCAUUCUCUUGGUGUUAUGCACAGAGACCUUAAACCUGAGAACUUUCUCUUCAUCAAUCAGCACGAGGAUUCACUUCUCAAAACCAUUGACUUUGGAUUAUCUGUCUUCUUUAAGCCAGGUGAUAUAUUUAAUGAUGUGGUGGGCAGCCCAUACUAUGUUGCCCCUGAAGUUUUGCGAAAGCGUUAUGGUCCUGAGGCAGAUGUUUGGAGUGCUGGUGUUAUCCUUUACAUUCUUUUGAGUGGAGUACCUCCAUUUUGGGCUGAAAAUGAACAAGGAAUAUUUGAACAAGUUCUGCGUGGUGAUCUUGACUUUUCUUCUGAUCCCUGGCCUUCAAUUUCUGAAAGUGCAAAAGAUUUAGUAAGGAAAAUGCUUGUUCGCGACCCUAGAAGGCGGCUGACUGCACAUCAAGUAUUAUGUCAUCCUUGGAUUCAAGUUGAUGGUGUAGCUCCUGACAAACCACUUGAUUCUGCUGUAUUAAGUCGCUUAAAGCAAUUUUCUGCUAUGAACAAGCUCAAGAAAAUGGCCCUUAUAAUUAUCGCAGAGAGCUUAUCUGAAGAAGAAAUAGCUGGCUUAAAAGAAAUGUUCAAGAUGAUAGAUGCAGACAACAGUGGUCAAAUCACUUUUGAAGAACUUAAAGCUGGUUUGAAAAGAGUGGGUGCUAAUCUUAAGGAGUCUGAAAUUUAUGAUUUAAUGCAAGCGGCUGAUGUUGAUAACAGUGGGACAAUUGAUUACGGCGAGUUCCUUGCUGCAACAUUGCACCGCAACAAAAUUGAAAGAGAAGAUAAUCUAUUUGCAGCCUUUUCUUACUUUGAUAAAGAUGGAAGUGGCUAUAUUACUCAGGAAGAACUUCAACAGGCUUGUGAUGAGUUUGGCAUAAAAGAUGUCCGCCUGGAGGAGAUAAUCAAGGAAAUUGAUGAAGACAAUGAUGGACGCAUAGAUUACAAUGAGUUUGUGGCUAUGAUGCAGAAGGGAAAUCUUCCAGCGGUUGGUAAGAAGGGCCUAGAAAAUAGCUUCAGCAUUAAAUUCAGGGAAGCAUUAAAAUUGUAGUGUUCAUUGUCAGCAUUGAGAUUUUUUUUUUGUGUUCUUUAUUACCACACAUCCCUCCUUUUCACUUUGAAGGUUCAAGAUUUUUUAUUCAUUGUGCAAAGUGUUUGCAUGGGGAUUUAGGUGGGCCUUUUCAUCUUUGCAUUUAUUUUGUUUGUCCAAUUUAAAUGGAUUUUUGUAAUUACGAGAAUAUAUUGAAAAGAGAUAUCUGGUGGAGUAUUACUGUGAGAAAGGAAAUUGAUUAUUUGUCAAUGGAAUUGACACAUAAUAAUGCAAACACCUGAAAUGAUGGUUUAACA